UUAGUUUCGAUAUAAUAAAUUUAUUAGAAAACGAGGAAUGUCUGACUUCCAGACGGUCGGAGAGCAAUUUUGAGAGCAUUAUUAUAAGACUAUCUCUGAGAACAGAGAUGACUUAGCACAACUCUAUACUGAAGACUCUAUGAUGACUUAUGAAGGAGAUCCAAUUAAAGGAGGAGCUGCUAUUAUGGAGAAACUUAACGGCCUUCCAAAAAUUUCCCACAAAGUCAUUACCUUCGAUGCCCAGCCAAGCGUAGGAGAUGGUAUUGUCUGCAUGAUUGGUGGAGAUUUAAUUAUUGAAGGCAAUGAGAACCCAGUUAAGUUCGCCCAGACCUUCCAUCUUCAAAAAGGAGGCGACUUCGGAUACUAUUGCCUAAAUGAUAUGUUCAGACUAAAUUAUGGAUAGGUUAUAAUCUU